AUGGGAACAGGCAAAGGGAGGAAAGAGAGCGGAGAGAAAUGGAUACAGCACUACUGCAGCUCUCACAAGAUACUACUAGUAGGAGAGGGAGAUUUCUCUUUCUCUGCCUCUCUUGCAAAGGCCUUUGGUUCAGCUACUAACAUGGUGGCAACUUCACAUGAUUCAAAAGGUCCAUCAAGUCAUUCUUCUAUUUUUGCACUGCGACACCAGAAACUCCUAUCUGGUUUCUUCCAGAGUGCACGUGAGAUGCUGACCGACAUUGGAGAAGUGCACGUGUCCCACCGGAACGAUGACCCUUACAACCGUUGGAAGUUGGAGAAGCUAGCCAAAAGAGUGGGCCUUGUGUUGGAGGAACGUGUGGAAUUUAGGAAGUCUGACUAUCCAGGCUACCAUAAUAAAAGGGGUGGUGGAAUUAAAAGCAACCAAAAGUUCCCUUUGAAUGAGAGCUUCACCUUCAAGUUCUCGUUAAGGGAUUGUUCAACCAUGCAACAAAGUAGGACAUCAACGAGUGGCUGUGAUGAUAUUAGCGAGGCUUUGGCCUACUUAAAGCUAGAACUCAUGGCUUACAAUGACUCGGUGAGUUUGCUGAUCUUUUACUUUUAACUUGGACGGUGAGUGAGUCGAUCGACUCAGAACAACUGCAUCUCUCCUGUAGUUCGUAAGCCUCUGCAACUGCCAGUGGAAAAAUACAGUCCACAUCUUUACCAUU